AUGAAAUCAAGUAAUGAAAAAGAAAAGAUUUGUGAUAUUUAUUUUUUUAAAAGUGCAUUAUCAAUUGAAAAAUUAGGAAGAAAUCCUCUUGAGAAAUUUUCUUAGAUUUAAAUUGAUGAUGUUUUAGUUUCAACAAAUGAAAAUAUCUUUUAUUUGAAAUGUUAAGUUUAACUUUAAUAAAUGAAGAGAUAUGUUCUUGUUGGUUUUAAAAUUGGAAAAUCCAUUUAUAAAUCAUUAAUAUUUAUUUUAUUAAGAAAUAUCAAUAGUGAAUUUUAAGCAAUUUCAAAAUUACUAAUAAAAUUAAAUAAAAAUUAAUUAAUGCCUUUAAUUUAUUUACAAGAUUCUUAAAUAUGUUUAUUAAAUGAAAAUGAUGAAAUAAUUAAAGAUUUUGAAUCAUUAAAUGAAAAAGAAAUUGAUUUGGUAGAUGGUGAUAAUAAACCAUCAAUAAUAGAUAAUAGUGAUAAUGAAAAAAAUGAUCAAGAUAAGUAGGAUAAUAAUGAUGAUCAAUCUGAUGAUAAUACACUUGAUUUAGAUACUUCUAAUUUCCAAAUAGGUUCAUUUUUAGUAAUGAGUACAAUUGAAGAGGCAUUGAUCUAUUCACUUUUUAAGACAUUUGGUAGAAGAAGAAUUGAGCCUAUUGAUGUAGUAUGA